AGCCAAUAAUAUAAAACUCGCCCUCGAAGAAGAACCAAACAGAGAGAAGGAAAAAAACACAGACAAAUUAUUACAUUUUCUGAAAAAUUAUAUUAUUUGCUUCUCUAAAAGGCAUCAAUGGCUUCUCGCCGGCGAGUACUUCUCAAGGUUAUUAUUCUCGGAGACAGUGGGGUUGGGAAGACAUCCUUGAUGAAUCAGUUUGUGAAUCGCAAGUUUAGUAACCAGUAUAAAGCUACGAUUGGAGCCGAUUUCUUGACAAAAGAGGUUCAAAUCGACGACAGGUUGUUCACUUUGCAGAUUUGGGAUACUGCUGGGCAAGAGAGGUUCCAAAGUUUGGGAGUUGCUUUCUACCGAGGAGCGGAUUGUUGUGUUCUUGUGAAUGAUGUCAACGUCUUGAAAUCGUUUGAAAAUCUUAACAAUUGGAGGGAAGAGUUCUUGAUCCAGGCUAGUCCUUCAGAUCCUGAAAACUUCCCAUUUGUUGUGUUGGGGAACAAGACAGAUGUUGACGGUGGAAAGAGUCGAGUGGUUUCUGAGAAAAAAGCAAAGGCUUGGUGUGCAUCCAAGGGAAACAUUCCUUACUUCGAAACAUCGGCUAAAGAAGGAUUCAAUGUUGAUGCAGCUUUCGAAUGCAUAGCCAAAAAUGCCCUCAAGAAUGAACCUGAAGAAGAAGUGUACCUUCCUGAUACUAUUGAUGUAGCCGGGGCUCGGCAACAAAGAUCAACUGGAUGUGAAUGUUGACGAACUUUGUUGCAAGGUUUUACGAAAAAACAUGUGUUGCAGCAAAAAAAGAGAGAGAGCUUCUUGUUUCUUUGGCAUUGUGAUGAUGAUGUGUAUCAAUCUAUCAAUUAGCAUAAGCAUCUUUGUUUCUCUCUGCAAUUGUCUUUUCAUCUCAUCAAUAACAUUUUGAAAAACGUUUUGAGUGACUUAUUUCAUUACUAAA